CAACUACUUCUUGAAAACGAUAAAUUAUGGUGGAAAAAAAAUGUCCAACAUCGGAUUCAGGAGAAAGAGCUUAGGCGAAUCAGAAUCGGACUUGCAAGAAGAUGUGGACCAUAUGGAUACAAGUGGUAGUGAAGACAACGAUGGUAAUGAAUCUGUUCAACCUGAAAAAUCUAAAGAAAACCUGGCAUGGGCAGAUGCAAUGUCAAAAAUUUUAAAAACAAACAAACCAAAGAGGAGAAAAACUAUAGUGCUGUCCAGAGCAAAAAGAGCGAACCAGGUCAAAAGUGAUGAAGUAAAGGAAGAAAAAUUAGAUUUUGAGAUUGAAGGAGAUGGUUCAGUUGCUGUCAAAAUAGAACAGUCGGCAGACUCUUGUGAAAUAAAGGAGGAAAGCCUUACGAAGCGAUUUAAAAGAAAAAAGAAUGGGCUUCUAAAGGACACGUUAAGCCAACCGUCUUGGAGAAGGACAGAGAAAAAGUAUUACAGAAAGUUGCUACAAGAGGAGUGGUGCAGUUGUUCAAUCGCAGUCCGGCGAACACCAGAAAACUCUGGAGAAGGACUUGGGGGAAAAGAUGCAGGACCCAUUGAACACAAGAAGGAACCAAAGUUCUCAAGUCAUUGGGACAAUAAGCGAGCGUUCUUGGGAAUGUUCUUGAUGGGACCAAUCGAAAAGUCCAACCAGUUAGCAACCUUAUUCCCCAAGGAAGUAAAAAAAGAGGCAAAA